AGCUUUGCUCCGCUCAGCGAUCUGGUCACCGUACACCGCGAUGUCCCUCAUCUCCUCCUCCGCCCUUCCCGUCACCGCCAUUUCACCCCGUUCCCACGUUUCCACCCAUGCGCUUUCCCCAUAUAACCCUCGUUUCCAAACCCAAAAAGAUCAGAUUCCCUCCAAUAUGCGCGUUUCCCUUCGCUUCAGAGAAACCCGUCCAUUUCUUCAGCCCGGUCCCGUUUCUCGCCGUUUCCGCCGUUUCCGCCGGAUUCUUGUUCUUCCGGUCGUUUCUCAAGGUCCUCCCGCCGGACUUCUCCGAUCGAUGGAACCAGCUGCUGGCGUUCUCGGAGGGGGCGGAGACGAAGGUUACGCAGCUGCCGUAUCACUUGAUCCAGGCCGUGAUGGCGUCGGAGGAUCGCCGGUUCUUCUACCAUUUCGGCGUCGAUCCAUAUGGGGUUGGCCGGGCGGUGGUUUACUUCCCUAAUGGCGGCGGUGGGAGCACCAUCACUCAGCAGCUAGUCAAGAAUGUCUUCCUGACACAUGAACGUAAAAUGUCAAGAAAAUUUGUUGAAGGGAUAUUGUCAUUGAUAUUGGAAAGGAGACUGUCAAAAUGGAAAAUUUUGUACUCCUAUUUGAAUAAGAUGUACUGGGGUCAUGGGAAAUUUGGAAUUGAAUCGGCAUCUCUUUUUUUAUUUUUGGAAAGCAUCCUGCCCUCCUAAAUGUUGGCGAGUCUGCAUUGCUUGCUGGAAUUUUACCUGCUCCUGAGACUUUAAGCCCUUUUACAAACCCCCAAAAGGGGAAGUAUUCACAAGCCAGGGUGUUAAGGCGAAUGGUGGCAGCUGGUUUUCUUGAUUUGGAGACAGCGCUCAAGAUUGUGAGCCAGCCUCUUUCCCUGCGAGCUGAUGGGCCUGUGCCUGCAAAUGUGAAAUAGAUGUAUCACUGGUUGUGGGAAUAAUUGAUAAAGUACUCUGAUCUCAUAUUUCACUAGCUUACUGCAUGGUUCAAAAAUGUUUUACUCCGAACAUUCAUCACAAAGUUGAGAUUUUUCAGUAGGACGGGUUUCUUAUCUUUGCUCAUACAAGAAAACAAAGUUGGUGUUUCUACGUCAAGAUAUGAGGAUGUGAUGAUUUAGCUGGUGGUCAUUUGGCUGAUUUUUCUAUUGGAGGCAUGAAGCUCUUGUGACUAAGGAGCAAGAGAUGUUCAACACACAAAUAAGGGGAAAGUCAGCUAUCAAGAACAAUUGGGACUGGGAAAUGGCCAAUGCAUCAUGGGAGAUGAGGGAUCAUAUGGAAAAAUGGGCCUUGAUGAAGAAUAAAAGCAGUCGAUGAUCAUUUCCCUUGCAAAAGUAGCAUGAACAUCCACUUGGGAACAGGUAGUAAAUUGCAGUAUGCCUGAUGUGUAUGGUUCCCCUGACAAUUCUUUACUAAAUUUGUUGUUUAGUUCCUCAACAAAAUAAAAAAUCUGGUUCAAAUCCAAUGCGCGAAUUGUACGAGCUAUAACUAUCUUCAAGAAAUAAAUUUACUGUCAAUGUACAUCGUUGAAUGUAAUUAUCAGGUUUCCAUAGUUUUGCA